AUGUAUCAAUGGUUAGUAGGAGUCAACGAAAUCAAUAAACACAAUGGAGAUGAAACUCCGGCACGUAUCCGUCAACAUCCAAUUGGUCUCAAUCCAUUGUAUGUUCAACAAGAACGAGAAAAACGUGUUCUUAAUCGUAUUUCGAAUCGUCUUCAAGAGCUCGAACAUAUGCCAGCACAAAUGAGUAUUGAUUUACGAACACAAGCGUUAAUCGAACUGAAAUCACUCAAGUUACUUCAAUUUCAAAAACAACUUCGUGGGGAGGUUCUCAACACCAUGAAGAAAGAUACAUUAAUUCAAACAGCUCUCAAUCCUCGUGCAUACAAACGUCCGAAACGUCAUCAUCUUCGUGAAGCACGUGCAACUGAACAGUACGAACGUCAACGUAAAAUUGAUAUCGAACAACGCCAACGUGCUAAACAUCAGGACUUUCUCAAUGCUGUUCAAAAUCAUGCGCGUGAAUUUCGUGAAUAUCAUCGUCAAUUAGCAUUGACCACGACGCGAAUGAGCAAAGCUAUACAAACCUAUUUUGCUAAUAGUGAACGAGAAUUAUUGAAAGAAAAAGAACGUAAAGAGAAAGAACGUAUUAAACGUUUGAUGAAUGAAGAUGAAGAAGGUUAUCGAAAACUAGUUGACGAAAAGAAAGAUGCACGUUUAUCAUUGUUAUUAUCACAAACUGAUGCAUACAUUGAUAAUUUAAAACAACUAGUGCGACAACAUCAACAAGUCAAUCGUAGUCGAGGAAGACCAGCUAAAAAUCUUUCUGACAAGCCGGAAGAAUCUGUUACGACAGUUGUUAACCCACCAGAAACAACAACAACAACAGUAACAGAUGGAGAACAGCGGCCACCAGAAAAUAUUGAUCAAACAGGUAAUGAUGAAGCUAUUCGUGACGCUGUCAAAAUAGCAGCCACGAAUGAAGAUGACGAAUACGAUGCGAAAGAAUCCUACUAUUCAAUUGCACAUCGAAUUCGCGAGCCCAUCACCGAACAAUCCAAGAUGCUUAUUGGCGGUCAACUGAAACCCUAUCAAUUACAAGGUCUCGAAUGGCUUGUUUCACUAUACAAUAAUAACCUCAAUGGUAUCCUUGCCGAUGAGAUGGGCUUGGGAAAAACUAUUCAAACAAUUGCUUUAAUUGUACAUUUGAUCGAUUAUAAGAAAAAUCCGGGCCCAUCGUUGAUUAUUGUACCACUAUCAACUCUAUCGAAUUGGGCAUCGGAAUUUCAACGUUGGGCACCAGAAGUUGGCGUGAUUCAAUAUAAAGGUUUACCACACGUACGCAAAAUGCUUGCUCAGACAAUACGUGCAAAUCGUUUUAAUGUUUUAUUGACUACUUAUGAAUAUAUAAUGCGGGAUCGUGCGGUUUUAUCAAAAGCACCAUGGAAAUAUUUAAUCGUCGAUGAAGGUCAUCGAAUGAAAAAUCACCAUUGUAAAUUAACGCAAAUUUUAAAUACAUAUUACAAUAAUGCUUCUCAUCGUCUAUUGCUUACUGGAACUCCAUUACAAAACAAUUUACCAGAGUUAUGGGCGUUGUUGAAUUUUAUUCUCCCGACGAUAUUUAAAUCGGCGACCACGUUUACAGACUGGUUCAAUGCACCGUUCGCAACAUUACCAAGUGAAAAGGUCGAAUUGAAUCAUGAGGAAACAUUGUUGAUCAUUCGACGUUUACAUAAAGUUCUACGGCCAUUUCUUCUUCGACGACUUAAAAAAGAAGUUGAAUCUCAAUUGCCAGAUAAGGUUGAAUACACAAUUAAGUGCGAAUUAUCUGCAUUACAACGUUGUCUCUAUCAUGCCAUGUCGAAGAAUCGUACACUAAUCAUUGAAAAUCAAAAUGGCAAAGGUGGUCGUCGAGCUUUAAUGAAUAAAUUAAUGCAACUGCGUAAAAUUUGCAAUCACCCAUUCCUUUUCGAAGAAAUCGAAGAUCGACUAGCUCAAUCACUUGGCUACAAAACGGGUAUUAUCGAUGGUCCCGAUUUGUUUCGUGUGUCGGGCAAAUUCGAAUUACUUGAUCGUAUUUUACCAAAAUUAAAGGCUUCGGGACAUAAAAUUCUUAUGUUUUGUCAAAUGACAGCUGUCAUGGAUUUAUUAGAAAUUUAUUUUGCUUAUCGUAACUAUACAUAUUUGCGACUGGACGGUACGACGAAAGCUGACGAUCGAGGUGAAUUAUUACGAAGUUUUAAUGAUGAUAGUAUAAACUGUUUCAUCUUUCUACUAUCGACACGAGCUGGCGGUGUUGGUUUGAAUUUACAACGUGCUGAUACAGUUAUUCUAUUUGAUUCCGAUUGGAAUCCGCAUCAAGACCAGCAAGCACAAGAUCGGGCACAUCGUAUCGGACAAAAGAACGAAGUACGAGUGUUACGAUUAAUGACUGUGAAUACCGUCGAAGAAAAGAUCUUAGCAUGUGCAAGGUACAAAUUAAACGUUGAUGAAAAGGUUAUUCAAGCUGGUAUGUUCAAUCGAUCGUCGACGUCGAGUGAACGACACGAUUAUCUGGCACAAUUGAUGGAAGUCGACGAGGAAUGUAAAGAUGAUGACGAAGAUAUACCUGAUGACGAAAUUCUCAAUCAGAUGAUUGCUCGAACUGAAGCGGAAUUCAAUCUGUUCAAUCGUAUGGAUGUUGCUCGACGAGAAUACGAAGCUUUACAUGGCGUUGGUAGUGGUGGCGAUGGCGCAAAUGAACGUCGAAAUUGGAAACUAUCCGAUGCUACACCAUCGACAGCAAACACCGGCAAUAAGCCAAUUACACCUCGAGUCAAACGUCAGAAGAAGGAUAGUGAUAAUGAAGAUUCAACGGAUCAAGCGGCAAAAACUUCUUCGAAAGAAAAUAAAUCAACUACAGAAUUUAUGGAUCAAAGUGAUGAUGAUGGUACUCGAGGUGGAGAAGAAACGACCACAACAACGACGACCAAUGAUGAAACCACUCCCUCACCAUUAGAUGAUCUGGAAGAUGAAGAGGAUGUGGACUUUUCACAAGCAACACCAAGCAUUCAUCGUAAAAUGAAAGUCAGUCGUCUGAUCACUGAAGAUGAACUACCAGAAUGGUUGAAAAAUGAUGUUGAAGAAGUGGAAAAGACUCUCGAGAACGAUGAAGAUUUCGGUAAAGGUCGUCGACAACGUAAAGAUGUUGAUUACAGCGAUAAUUUAACCGAACGAGAAUUUCUUCAAGCACUCGAAGAAGGCAAUUUAGACGAUGCCGUCGAGCAAAAACGCGUGCGAAAACAAUCACGAAAAAGCGCUCUAUUAUCGUCACAAGAUGAUGAUAUCGAUCUUGAUGAAACGGAAGCACGUUCGUCAUUUGACAAUCCUUCAACGCCAAUGGCUAAUCAUAAUAACCUUGGAUCAAAACGUGGUAGUGUUAAAAAACGUUUACAAUCGGUUGAUCCUAAAGUUGCACCUCAAUGUCGAGCAAUUCUCGAACGUAUUUUAGCCUAUCGCACGGAAGAUAAUCGACAACUAGCACAGCCAUUCAUACGUUUACCUGGUCAGAAGCAAUUGCCGAUCUAUUAUCAAACUAUACAAGAUCCAAUUGAUUUUCAGCGUAUACGACGAAAAAUCGAUACCUAUCGUUAUUCAAGUCUAGAUGAAUUCGAAGCCGACAUUGAAUUACUAGUACAGAAUGCUCAAACGUUCAAUUGUGAAACGUCGUUAAUUUUCGAAGAUUCGAUUUUAAUCGGCAAAGUUUACAAAGACCUUCGUCAGCAAUUAGAUGCUGGUCUUAUCGAAAUACCGUCAAAUGAAUCAAUGUCCACAGCAGUUACUGCCACAGCAACACCAUCGACUCCAGCUGCAGCAGAAACGUCAACAACAACUCCUCGUACAUCAGGACGACGAGCUCGUACUGUACGAACACCGAUCACACCCAUAACGACAAAUGGUGAAGUAUCCAAACGUGGCCGAAAAAGAAAAGUAGCGGUAGUUAAAGAUGAUGAUGAAUCGGAAGAAGAGCGACAGGAACAACAACAACAACAGCAGCAGCAGGAGCAGCAACCUCAACAACCCCCCGAAGAUGAACAUGAUGACGGAGAGGUCGAACACUAA